AUGAACCCUCACAAUGAGAGGAUUCCCCACUUAGGGGGGAGCAGCCCGCCUCAGGGAUUGAUAGAUCCCCCUCCGAAAAGGCUAGUACACAGAAGAAGGGAAACCCAAAGGAGCCAAACAGACAACAUAACCAAAGAGAGGUACGCCCAGAUCGGAGACAGAGUGGUUAAGAUCACCUUCACCAGUGACAAAAAAAAAAGGAAGGAACAGAAAAAGAGGAAACAAAUGAAUAUACUCAUUAGCCAAAAAAGGAAGAAAAAAAAUGAAUUCGAAAAAAAAAAAAAGAUGCUCCGCAAGAUGAACAAGAUUAUUCAGACAGAACGGGAAAAAGGCAAUGUGUACUUUUUACCAAAAAAAUUUCGACAGAAAAAAAAAACCAAACGGAAGAAGCUUAUCCUUCUCGAGAAGGAAGCAAAACAAAGUGUGUACAAUGACUUACUCGAGGAAAAUAAAAAUGGACGUUCCGAGAGGGAACGCGAAGGGAGACUUCCACAAAUGGAGGGAUCGCAAAACUGUGGCAGGGAGGGGUACAUAAAAUUUAUCGCUCGAAAAGCCAAGUGGAGGGCUAUGAUACCCACCCACUCUGCUAACUGUCCGUGGGGCCAACGGAAAAAGGAAGGAGGAAGGAGUCACGACGCAUGCAAUGGGCACCACGUGGAAGAAAGCCCAACUGGCACAACGGCUGAUGCAUCACAGAUAGGUGAAGAAGUCGCCCGCCUGAGAAGGUUCCUUCUCCUGUGGGGUGGGAAGUUCCCAAGAGGGGGGCUGCUGAGAAGUGGGCCCGCCGAAUCAGCUGCGAAGGGCGCGGUAAGGGUUCUCCCCCUUGAGGUACACUCCAAGACGGAGAAGCUAAAUGGUCCUUCUCCAUGCAAACACUCCGCUGACUCUACUGAGCCAGCACAUGAUCGGGGGGAGGACCUCCCCAACAGGGAAGAAAUAAAAGAGUGCAUCCUAAGAAGCGAAAAAAUGAUGAACUAUAUACAAAAAAGCAGAGUGGAAAAAAAAACCUACAUUAACGACUAUGUCGAUCAGGAAAUAACGGAGGAGCUAAACCAUAUGGUUAAAUCAUUUCUGGAGAAAAUUUCCAAAUCGCAGGAGAAACUACAUUUAAUGAGAAAAAAAAAGAAAAGGUACUACUUGGGGAUGAGAGAGAGCUAUAAGCAUGUCUGUAUUGACGAACCUAAGUUGGUUCUUCUCGCGCCGAACAUUGAACCUAUGAUGAACGGAGUGUUUGACGAUCAGGUGAAUAAAAUCAUCUGUAAGUGUCGGGAGAAGGGAAUACCUUUAGUCUAUGCCUUAAGCAAGAACCUCUUGGGGAAGUGCAUUAAGAAAUCCAGGCAGAGCGUGAUAUGUAUUGUGGACAACGACUCCUUCAUACGGGAGUGCGACGCGAUUGUGCGGCUGGCGAGGGCGCUCAGGCGGGAUGCGCCAGUCAGCAGCAGUUAG